UCUUCGUCAAUAUUUCUGAGAAUUCAUAGAAAACAUUCCCCUCUCCGCUUUUAAAGGUCAAUCUGCUCUAAAGGACUUUUAUUCGUAUUCAGAUUUGGAAUGAAAGCUAAAUUUGAAAUAAAUAUUCGUGAGGCAUUUGAAAUUUCUGUAAGGGAAUAAAUAUACAUUUUUAGAAACGGAAAUCGGAAACCCUUGAAAAUUUCGAUGCUGGAUCUCGUAGUGUUGUUCCUUCUUAGCUCCGUGUCAUUUUUCGUUGCUCAUUUGGAGAAACCAACAACUUUGUGGGGACUCAUAGAUGCCACAUGUCCAAUUCUGAUGGGCACUCUAUCCGCUGGGUUGAUUUACAUAAAUAAUUAAAAAAAUGAAAAACCAGACUUAUUGAUAAAUUAUUUGAAAAAAUGACUUUAUUUCGGCUGAGAGUUCAAAUAAUAAUGUAGUAAACGAUUCAAAAACAACAAAUAAAUAUGAUGGCUUGGCAUGACUAAAAU